AGGGUUCAGAUCAGUGAAGAAUGUUGUAGACUUCGUCGACCUAAACGGAAUCAGGGAAGAAAAUUAAGGAGUUGAAACACAAAGAGAAAACUAUAGGCCGACAGUAAAAAUAUACUUACGAAUUUUUAUUCUCUGUGUGUCAUCUUUGUUGACAAAGUAAAAAUAUUGUGCAAGUCGAUUGUUGAUUGUUAACCGAACACGUAUAAACCAGAUCAUCUUGAAGAUCCUUCCAAGGAGGAGUUCGAACGCCAUUUCAAAGGUGCUUCAAGUUCUUUUACAGCAAAGAUUGACGCCAAAUAAUGUGCAAACUCAAGAAGAAAGAACACCAGGCACAAUGGAAUAGAAAAUUAUUCUAAGACUGCGUUCGUUGUAAUAAUAAUAAUAAUAAUAAUAAUAAGCGUCAAGAGUUUUUUCAACUCGACAUAUUUUCAACAAAUCUAGGCGAACAUUAUUUGCUUACUUAAGCAACAGUUACAUUUCUAGUAACACUGGUGAUUUUAGGUAAAACGUUCAAAACCUCUGCAUCAGCAGAUUAAGAAAAUUGAACAAUGACAGAGCACGCGCUUAUAAUUGACAACGGUUCGGAUACCUUAAAGGCGGGAUUUUCAUGUUUCGACGAACCACAAGUGUUCAUCCCAAGUUUGGUUGGCCGUCCACAUACGAAUUCACGCCAACACAUAAAGUUUAGCUCGGAUUCCAUGGAGCAAUACCGGGUUGGCCAUGAGGCGCACGUCAAUCGCCAAUUUCUCACGACCAGUUGUCCAAUAGAAAACGGUAUUAUAAAUAAUUGGGAUGAUAUGGAGAAGUUAUGGCAAUACACGUUCGAUCAAUUGGAUACGACGCCAAAAGAAAAAGCAGUUUUAUUGACUGAUAUUCCAUCAAACUCCAAGCAAAAUCGAGAAAAAAUUGCAGAGAUCAUGUUCGAGAAAUUUCAUUGUUCUUCAAUAUAUUUGGCCAAUCAGGGUGCAUUAUCACUGUAUUCGCACGGUUUGGUGACGGGUGUGGCAGUGGACUGCGGGCAUGAUGUCACGCAAAUUGCGUCAGUAGUUGAGGGUUACACCCUACCAUAUGCAACAAGAUGUCUACCAUUAGGUGGAAAAGACCUUACCAUGUAUCUACUGAAAAUGUUAACUCAAAACAAUACCAUGAGCGAAAAAAUGCAAUCCAUAGAUGAUGCAAGGAUGAUAAAAGAGAAACUAUGUUAUGUCACAGAGUGUUUUGAGAGAGAAAAGACUAUGUUUAAGAAUAAUUGCACAAAAAACGAAAGUGAGAACUUCCAGAAUGCAGAGCUAUUUGGAGUCACAACAGAGAACAGACGACUUUCCUUAUACGGAUUUCACUUAAAGGAGAAUCUUUAACGAUUUCUUGAAAAUAAAUUCUCGAAAAUUAUACAGAGAAACUCUCAGAUAUUGCCAAAAAGAAACCAAGAUGGCCGAAGUAGUUGUAAAAUGUAAUAUGACAACAUGGCGACCCAUGAUGGCGACGAACAGAAAGCUGUAUGUAGCUACUUCUACUGACAAAUAAAAAUUGAUAUCUCCAAAGACAUGAAUUGGUUAAGGAGAUGAGUUCCACACAAGUUUUACGUAUUCAGAGUAUGUUGCUGGUGAAUUACAGGUUAAGGAGAUGAGUUCCACACAUGUUUUACGUAUUCAGAGUAUGUUGCUGGUAUUAAUGAACACAAUCUCAAUUAAUAAAUUCAUUAUUAAUCAGAAUUGUUUGACAUGUUUUGGUCGUUUUCAUCCAAUGACAUUCUGAGCUAAGGGUUGGUUUGGUAAACUAUACAGACUGAGUUGUAUCUACAUAUAGGUAGAAGUGCAAGAUGAUGAAAUUGAUGGAACAGACUUGUGCAUAAAACAAUUCAUAUUAUCUGUAGGUGGUUUCAUGAAUGCAAGGAGCUAGCAAAGAAAUAAUGGUGUGCUUCUCUCAAGGCAUUAAGUAAAAUAGCCCAUGAAAGUUUGCAGCAGUCCAAAUUGACUGUUUUCUUCAUCAUCAUAAGUAGGGAAAGAUAGGUUUUAACAUAGUGGAGGUCAAUUAAAGCAAAUUUGAAGCACAACAAUAUCAACUUUUUCAUUGCUUAAAUACAAUAUAACAACCCAUCCAACAAGUUACAUCUGGUAAUUUUUUGUCAUUUUAAUUUAUUUAUAUUUAAUUAUAUUUAAUUUAUAGUACACAGUAGGUAAGUUACAAAGCUCUGCUGGAAUUAGAAGGGUUAAUGUGAAUAAAUAAAGAAAAUAGUCAAAAUUUA